UGCGGCGCUGUGAUGGCGGAGUUGGACGUAGGGCAGCACUGUCAGGUGGAGCAUUGCCGGCAGCGAGAUUUUCUUCCAUUUGUAUGUGAUGGUUGUUCAGGAGUAUUUUGCCUUGAACACAGAACCAGGGAGUCACACAGCUGUCCUGAGGUGACUAUAAUCAAUGAGAGCCUGAAGUCAGAUAAGCCUACCUCUUACCCAUGUUCAUUCAAGGACUGUGCUGAAAGAGAGCUUGUGCCAGUUAAAUGUCCUUAUUGUGAGAAGAAUUUUUGCCUGAGGCACCGUCAUCAGUCGGAUCAUGAAUGUGAAAAACUGGAAAUUCCUAAGCCUCGUAUGGCUGCCACUCAGAAACUUGUUAAAGACAUUAUUGAUUCUAAGACCAGAGAGACAGCAAGUAAACGACGUAAAGGUGCAAAAAAUAGUGAAACAGCUGCAAAGGUAGCAUUGAUGAAAUUAAAAAUGCAUGCUGAUGGAGAUAAGUCAUUGCCACAGAAAGAAAGAGUUUACUUUCAGGUUUUCUUACCUAAGGGGAGCAAAGAGAAGAGCAAACCAAUGUUCUUUUGCCACCGAUGGAGCAUUGGAAAGGUCAUAGACUUUGCAGCUUCUUUAACCAGUCUUAAAAAUGAUAAUAACAAAUUAACAGCUAAGAAAUUAAGGUUAUGUCACAUUACUUCAGGAGAAGCCUUACCCUUGGAUCAUACUUUGGAAACCUGGAUUGCUAAGGAGGAUUGUCCUUUAUAUAAUGGUGGAAAUAUUAUCUUGGAAUAUCUUAAUGAUGAAGAACAAUUUCUAAAAAAUGUUGAUUCUUAUUUGGAAUAGUCUUGUAAGGAUUCUAGCCGGAAAUGAUGAGGAAAAUUUUAUGUAAAGUCAAUUUCUUUUACUACAAAUACUCUAUAUGUUUUUAAAAGUUGCUUUUCAACUGAUUUCCAUUAUGUCAUAAUUCAUCAGUUUUCUGUUAAAUUGAAUUUGAAUUUUUGUAUGUUAAAGUUUAACUAUGAAUGGACAUUCAGUAAUUAGCAAAUUCUUACCUUUAAUUUUUAUUAGGUUGUGCUUAGUAACAACAAAAAAGGUGUAUUUCAUUUAGUUAAUGUCAGAUGUUGUGACUCUGCUGCGUAUCCUCUUUACUCCAGGAUCUAAGCUGAAGGAAUGACUCCUGUUUGGGACAUUGCCACUUCUAAGGCAGAGGAAGAAAGAAAUGGCUUUUAGAAGAUACAUGUAUUACUUUUGCUUUAAGCAAGUACCCUGGCCAAGCCUUGCAUCAUGAAGCCAGGAUAUAUAGCCUUAACUCUAUAUCCAGAUGUAAAAAUUGAUGUGUGUACAUGAAUCGUAGAAACUUGGAGACCAUCUCAUUCACUCUAAGUUUUUAGAUGAGGAAUCUCAGGCCUAGGAAGAGGAUUGAUUUUUCUUGGUGUUCUCUAACUGCAUUGGGGCAUAUCUCUGAUAAAGGUCCUCCUCCAGUAGGAUUUACCUUUUUUGUUUAUGUAAAUGUAUUACAAAUGAGAGUAAGAUGAGGUAGCACAACUUCAUUACAGUAUCUUUGUAUGUAUAUCAAAGCAAAAUACAUACCAAAAGGAAUUAUAUUUUACCUACACAUUAAAAUGAAUGCUUCUGACUGAUCUAUUCCAUCAGUACUCAACAAAGUACUACCAUAUAGAAGAAAUAGAAAUAAUUUGUUUGUUUGUUCUUUUUCCCUUUUUGUUUGGGGAAGGCUUUGUCCCUUUUCUAUCUUAUUUGUCAUAGACAUAUAUAGUAGCUUUACGUAUAAUUAAGUAAAGGAAUUAAACUCAGAAUGUUCAUCUCUUCAUAUUUUCAUGCAAGGAAUGGAGAUAACUUCUGACUUCUGUCAGCUACUUAUAUGUUCAUUUAUUAAGGUAAUUAUUUGAGUACCUACUAAAUAGAAGAAUUUGAUUGUAAUUGCCAUGGUGGAUAUAAUGAGAUAUAUGCAUACUUAUAAUUAUAAUACAAAGCUGUGUAGCAGGUGCCAAAUGAGUAGAUAGACAGUAAAUAUAGAUGUUCCAGUGGUUCUUUUAUUAGAAACUACAAGGCCGGAAGUAGAAAUAAUCCUUAAAUAUAUUCCUAGAUGCCAGAAAGUUUUAAUACAGACCUUAGCAUCUGUCAUAAAUACUUACAUAAAGUAGGUGAUGAACACAUGCCUCAUGAAUUGAACUACAGUUAAAUAUACCAGGAAAAACAGCAAUGGGGGUUGAGAAGAGAGGAGGUAAGAUGGGCAGAAAUUGAGUUACACCCAGGGAGAAUGAAGAAGAGGUCUUGUCAGUGAUUAGACAGAGAAAAGACAAAGCAGCAUGGAGGGACAGACUCAUGUCAACAGGCAAAGCAGUGGUAAGUUAGAUCAGGUCCCAGGUAGUGUAGCAAACUAGUCUAGAGGAGACACACAGGUACCAGCAUCCUCAGACUGUAGGGACCAGGGGUUCCAGCAUGAGCAGUCACCUAGAGAACAAGAUCGUGGGUAAGAAAGUCUCUCUAGCUUCUCAUUUCUAAACUACUUUGAAAUCAGACAAUUUUCUCAGGCUUUCUUUUAGGGCUUUCAGUUGAGGAUGCUUAAUGAAAUUUUAGGGUUUGACUGCCCCACCCAACCCUACUAUCUUUCCACCUGCUUAUAGACAAUUAGAAUUCUAAGUAGAAACCCAAAAAAAUGGGUGGGGGGGGAGGAUGUGUUACAUUUAGGUAAGUAUUUGUAAUACCACUAUGAUAUAAACCUCAGUUUAAAUGUAAUCAGCCAGUAAAUACAUGCAAAUGAUAGGAGUAUCAGCUUUCUCCCAGAUUUGUCAGGUUUUAUUCCUGGCUGUUUUCAAGUAAGGAGAGAAGGCUUGGAGAAUGUGAGGAAAGAGAAAGGUUGUUGAUAGAAAGGGGGACAAAAUUUGUAUACUUCACACCCGUGACCUGGGAAACAAAAAUUACGAAUUAAGAUAUUUAGUCAUACAAGUGUAAAAAUAGUUUGGGGUUCAUAAAGUUCUUGUUUUAUGUCUGUUUUGUUUUGUCAUUGUAAAUGAGGCAAGUUCCCUGGGAAUUUAACUGAGGUACUGCAGAAACAUUAGUUCCGUUCCCUGUUUUCAAUAUUGGUACAAUGUGUCAUGUUUUUCCUAAUGUGGUACAAGGAAACGAGGUACAAAAUACAGAAUCUCUUGCAUUUGAAAGAUUAGCCUAUAUAAAUGGAAUAUUUAAAAACCUAUAAAAAUGUCCAAUAGAAAUUGGUUUGACAAUUUGUCAAAAAGGGGGCAAAUAUUUUAUAAUCUAAAAUACUUAAUACCUAGCCAUCAGAGUUGCAUUUGAUGAAGAUUGUGUCAUGAUUACAUGAAGGAUCUGCUGAAAUGGUUGUAUGUUUGGAGACUACUAGAUGUAUAGGCUCAGUUUUGUUUUCUUUUUAAAAUUUUAUUUUUUUGGCCUAGCAUCUUCUUUGGGAAAUACAAGAGGGUUCGUGAGUCUGUGGCUUGAAAUCCAAAAAAGCCUGAUAUUUUCCUUAUUUCUCAUAAUACACAGGCAUAUGACCUAAGGUGGGUUAAUUGAAUGUGAAUAGGGAAUAGUGUUUUAGGAAGGAGUAAGAGAUUAGAAUUAGUGCCAGUGGCCUUCCUAUGCUCCACUGUGUUGCCAUCCCAAUGUCCAGGAGUGUUGGCCCUGUAACUAGGUUGUACCUUUGGCCAUGGAUCCAGCCAUCUGCUUUCCCUAGGUUUCCAAGCUUAUCUGGUAAUCAUCCAGGAAAUUUCUUUUUACCACUUAAGGACUUCAAAAACAGUUUCAGUUUUUGCCUGGUAACAAUCACUCUUUAGAGUUGUAAGAAAACUAUUAUCAGCCUAAGGAUGCUACAAGGCUGAUUUUUGAGAACUGCAGUUUUUGUUUGUUUGUUUUAAGUAGGGGCUCGAACUCAACAACCACAAGAUCAAGACCUGAGCUGAGAUCAAGGUCCGAUGCUUAACUGACUGAGCCACCCAGGUACCCCUGAGCACUGUAGUUUUCUAAGAGACAAUAAGCAGUUAGUGACUAAGCUCCAAGAGGGCAGAGACCACAUCUGAAUUGAUUACCAUUGUAUACCCAGCUCCUAGCUCAGUGCCCCAGCAAAUAUGUUCAGUAAAUAUUUUGAUUUUGACUUGAAUGAAUAAAAUAGUAAUAUUUAUAGGCCUCCCCAAUAUCUCUUUUAGAUUUUUGGAUGUGACUGCUUUUAGUGUGGGUUUUCCUUAGGAAGAAAGAGAAUUUCAAAAAUGACACUAAGGUUUUAAAUUCAGGUAAAUGGGAGGCUGUUUCUUCAUUAGCAGAAAUGAGAAGUCCGGAGGAAAGAGUGGAGGUUUCUGCUAUGGCUUUUACAUUCUCCUAACUACAGGUUAAAUAAGUUGUUACUCACCAGAUAGCUUCGUAUUUUGAAAAGCACAAUAGUCCCUCCUACUAGACUUUGGUAAAGCAAAAACAACUUACCUAACAACCUCAGACUGUCACUUGAACCUGUAUGAAGAAUGUUCUUUAGUUUUUUUAAUGGUUUUGCAUAUGUGAUUUAUUUAAACUUUCAAAACGAUUAGCAAACUUGUUAUUGCCCUGCUUUUGUCGUUUGUGACUCUGGGAGAAGCAAGGAAGUCAUUUCUCAGUGUUCUGAAUAUAUAAAAGACUGAAAUGCUAUUUUUCAUAAAGACUGAAGAAACUGUCAUUGUAAGAUCAAGUUAUGGAGAAGAUUGGCCAAACUCCAGCUAUCUCUUCUUGCAAUUAGAAGAUCUUAAACUGCUGCAAGUGGUGAAUGUGACAAAAACCUAAUCCGAAACCUUGCGACAGAUGAAGAUGGAAUGACAAAUUUGACUGUUUAGCUAUGGGAUUCUGAAGGUAGGCAAGACUCAAGAAAUAACUUCAAAGUGCUUAAAGAAAAGACUGUCUUUUCAAGGUAUCAAUGCAUAUUGAUUCAAAUGUCCUGAAUGCUUAUUCUACUGAUGUGCAUUUGGUUGCAGUAUUGAAUUGCAGUGUGAAAGAGACCUUUGCCAAUAAUUCUCGGGGGCAGUUACACAAUUUUUUUCUUAUGUCAUUUUAUGGAUUUUUUUGACACAGCUUUUGGCAUCACAGGAGGCACAACAUAGGCUUUUGGAUUUAUAAUGACCUGCACAUGCCCAGGAGGAGUGAGGUCUAUUUCUUUGUUCUGCUUCUAAAAGGAGAUAUCAUUUGGUCAUUUAGAUAACUUGCACUUUAGUGUUACUGGCCUUGAUAUUGAUGUUUGCCAAUUUUUUUUUUUUUUUUUAAGAUUUUUAUUUGACAGAGAA